UGAAAUUUACCAAGAAUUUGUUUAUGGUUGUAACCCUUAAUUCCUAUGUAAAGAGAGAAGAUUGGAAAAUAAGGGAGAGAGAUUUUAGAGUGGAAACUAGAAGAUUAUGGACAACAACUUAUAUGUCGCAGUAGGGAAAGAGGUUGAAGAAAGGGAAUCAACCCUUAAUUGGGCUUUAAAUUUUUCAAAAGGGCAAACUAUUUGUGUAAUUCAUGUUUAUGUGCCUGCCCAAAUGAUUCUUCUUCCAAAUGGGUUUCAGGCACCUGUUAGUUCAGUCCAAGAAGCAGAGGUCAAAGCGUUUCAAGAAUGUGAAAGAAAAGAGGCCCUGGACAUGCUGGAUGAUUGCCUUCGAAUAUGUGCCCUUAAAGAGAUCCCUUCUAAAAAAGUAUACAUCGAGAAAGAGACUGUAACUGAUGGAAUUUUGGAACUCAUAUCUCAGCUGAGGAUAACGAACUUCGUGAUGGGUGCAGGCCCUAACAGUAAAUAUUCGAGGAGAAUGACAAAACCCUUGUCUAAGAAGGCCAAUUAUGUGCUCCAUUGUGCUCCUGAUUUUUGUCACAUCUGGUUUGUAUGCAAGGAUCAACUUAUCUAUACAAGGGAAGGCGUGAAGCAGCCAUAUGUGGAUGUUGAGAGGAGACCAUCAAAUGUCUCAGACAAUGAUAAGCCUGACGCAGGCAUUUCAAGUCAAGAAUUAAGUUUUGGAUUGAGACUUCCAGAUUUUGAUGAAUAUGAAAGCAGCCCUGAUAGUUUUGAUCAAUCACCAGGAGUCAGUUUGUCGCAGUCCUCAACUUUCUUAUCAGAAAUGGAAUCAGUUCUCAGUUCUCCUAGUUCAUCAUUUGCAAUCAAAGAAGUCAGAGAAUUUGGUCUACAGUUGUUGGCUCUGCCUCAGACAAUAAACCAGUAUCAGGAUUUAUCACCUCCUAGUGUCUUGGAAUUUUAUUUUCUUCAGGAGGAAAAUAAAAUGAGUGAUGAUGAUCCAUAUGAGCAGCUUGAGCAAGCCAUGACUGAGGCGGAAAAUUCAAAGCGAGAGGCUUUUGAAGAAUCAAUGAGGCGUCUAAAAGCUGAGAAAAAGGCUUUGGUAGCAGCUCGCAAAGUGAAAGCUGCUCAAAGAUUGUAUUUUGAGGAAUUGAGACAAAGGAAAGAGAUACAGGAAGAGCUGGCUGAGAAUAAGAAGGAAAUUGAAGUCACAAAGAGCCUGUUGGAAAAGGUUUCGCAGGAACUCCAGGAGGCAUUGCAUCAGAAGUUAACUCUGGAAAGCCAAUUUGAGAAAUCCUGCAACUCGGAAAAGGAGAUGGAAGAUAAACUAUUGUCUGCUGUGGACUUGUUACAGAAGUUCAAGAAUCGCCGUGAUGAAUUGCACGUAGAAAGGGAUCAUGCUCUCCUAGAAGCGAAAGAGUUGAGGAAACAACUUUCUCAGGGACCAUCUAGCUCGUGUGUUCUUAUGUUCUCUGAAUUCUCCUUAUCAGAUCUAGAGGUAGCUACUAAUUACUUUGACCCAUCCUUGAAAAUUGGGGGAGGAGGAAAUGGAAGCACAUACAAAGGUUUCCUACAUCACAUUGAAGUGGCAAUAAAGAUGCUCAAGCCUAACACAAUUCAUGGCGCUCGAGAGUUUAAAAAGGAGAUGGAUAUUUUAAGCAAGUUGCGGCAUCCAAACCUUGUGACUCUUUUUGGUGCCUGCCCUGAGUCCUGUGCUCUUGUAUUUGAGUAUCUUCCAAGAGGUAGCCUUGAGGAUCGACUCAACUGCAAGGACAACACUCAUCCGCUACCAUGGCAAACAAGAAUCCAAAUAGCUACACAGUUAUGCUCAGUUCUCAACUUCCUCCAUUCAAGGCAGCCUAGCAGCAUUAUACAUGGUGAUUUAAAGCCCGCAAAUAUACUAUUAGAUGAUAAUUUUGUGUGCAAGCUCCGCAAUUUCGGUAUAUGCCACAUAAUCUCAAAUGGGGGAACCUCUGUGGAGCAAACUAUGGGGUUCAUUACCUCUGACCUAAAGGGCACUUUCACACACAUGGAUCCAGAGUUUCUUGCAACCGGAGAGCUUACCCCUAAGUCCGACAUUUAUUCUUUUGGGGUUAUAUUGUUGCGCUUAUUGACUGGUAAACCAGCCGUGGGAAUAACAAAGGAAGUUGAAUGUGCUUUGGAUAAAUGUAAUCUCAUUUGUGUAUUAGACCCUACAGCUGGAGAUUGGCCUUUCGUCCAGGCUGAGCAGUUGGCUCGCAUGGCUUUAAGGUGCUGUGAUAUGAAUCAAAGGAAUCGCCCUGACCUUGCAUUGGAUAUAUGGAGGGUUCUAGAGCCCAUGAAAGCUACAUCUCAACACUUGUCUAAGUUUCUGCUGGCUUCUGAGGACCGAGCACCCCAUUAUUUCAUAUGCCCUAUUUUCCAGGAAAUAAUGGAGGAUCCACAAAUUGCCUCGGACGGCUUUACAUAUGAAGCAGAGGCUAUCAGAGGCUGGCUAGAGAGUGGUCAUUACACUUCACCUAUGACUAAUGUGAGUCUUGCAAACCAUGACCUCAUUCCUAACCGUGCCCUUCGGUCAGCAAUUCAAGAAUGGCUGCAACAUCACAGCAGCGGUUAAAUAUUUUUCAGUUGGUACAAUCACAAAAAAGAAAACCUCGUAUAUCUUACUCUCUCAGGUUUGCCCACAUUUCUCAUUUAGGAUUUAUCUUUUACCCCCUUUAAAAAAAGUUAUAGAAAAAAUAAGUUCAGAUUAGGGGUACUUAUCUUCGAUUCACGGCUAAAAUAAGUUGGACAAAAUACCAGUAAUUUAGAAAAGUCAGGUAAGUGUUUUUCUGGUGUUCAUACCUACAAUCCGUCAUUCCUGCACUGUCGUUAUGGAGAUCAAAAUUUCAUGCUGGCAACUGGAAACCCUCCUGACCGGCCUCCCCUCAGUGUUUUUGAAUUGACUGCUCCAAGAUCCUGGAAAUAUGCGUAUAGAAACAGAUCUACUUAUUCCAUGUUGAAAUAUGUAAGAUGUUUGAAUCUUGGAUAGGAAUAUUGGUGGUCUUUCUGUCACAAAUCUAUCUUUUUCCAUCUCAUUAUGGUCAACUUUACAUUACGAAAGCUCAAAAACUUACUUUCACAUAACCUUAUUCUAAAGGCAUCCAAAAACUGUAUUAA